ACCGGGCCGCCCCCGGCCGCGCUGACAUCAGCCGUGAAAAGGGCGCGGGCGGCGGCAUCUGCCACUGCCGCACGGGGACCGCGGGAUCAGCGCCGCAGACCAUCCCCGCUGUCAGCAUGGCAAACCGGGGACCAUCGUACGGCCUCAGCCGGGAGGUGCAGCAGAAGAUCGACCGGCAGUACGACCCUGAGCUGGAGCAAAUCCUGGUGCGGUGGAUCCUGGCGCAGUGCGGUGGGGACGUGGCGCAGCCGGCGACUGGCAGAGACGGCUUCCAGCAGUGGCUGAAGGAUGGCACCGUGCUGUGCCGGCUCAUCAACAGCCUGCACCCAAGGGGCCAGGGGCCGGUGGCCAAGAUCCAGGCUUCUGCCAUGGCCUUCAAGCAGAUGGAGCAGAUCUCCCAGUUCUUGCAGGCGGCCGAGCGCUACGGCAUCGCCGCCACCGACAUCUUCCAGACCGUUGACCUCUGGGAAGGGAAGAACAUGGCAUGCGUGCAGAGGACCCUGAUGAACCUGGGCAGCCUGGCCGUGGCCAAGGGCGACGGACUCUUUGUAGGAGAUCCCAACUGGUUCCCCAAGAAGUCGCAGGAGAACCGGCGCGUCUUCUCCGAAGACAAGCUGAAGGAAGGCCAGAGCGUCAUCGGGCUGCAGAUGGGCACCAACCGCGGUGCGUCUCAGGCCGGCAUGACGGGCUACGGCAUGCCCCGCCAGAUCCUCUGAGCGCCCGCGCCGCCCCCGGCCGCCCCCGACACAGCCCCCCUCGGGCCGUGCUUGCGAGACACCUCCGGGGCCGGCCCCUAAACUGCCUUAAGACCCACCCCCUGCUGACCAGCCGGCGUCCCCCAGCCCGGGCGCCUGCUCCCCUGCCAGUAUUUCCAGGACCAAAGUCUUUUUUUUAUUGUUAUUGUGUCGCUGGGUGCAGGCGGGGGGCUGCCGUCCGGCGCCCCCCAGCAUCAGCGCCUGCACCUCCACAGUGCCUUGGGGGCUGCGUUGCCCCCCCCCAGCCCCGCUGCUGUGCUGCGGGGGGACAUCCCCCUCCCACCUCAAUAAACGUCUCUUCUUCUUUCCA